AUGGGCAAGCCUCACAUGGGCAAGCUUCAAAUUAUGCCACAGCAUAAUUUUAAAGAUACUCCGGCCUAUUCAAUAUUAAAAAAGAAAAUAAAUUUAACGUCUUUCUCAAAUCAUGUAAAAGCUUUCUCUAAAUCACAAAAUACUUUUCUGAUAUCUCAAAUCGUCUGUUUAAAGGAUCAAGUUAUGAAUCCUCAUCGUAACAAGUCAAAGUUAAGAAUAGGCUUGAAUAAAUCAUAUAAAGGAAAUGUAACGAAAAAACAAUCAAAUAAGAUAAAUAAUUUUCCUUUGGCUGCAUUGUCGUGUAUGACAGAACAAAAAAUAUUGAAAAGCAAUUCAAUGUCGUCUGAUGUUGAUUUAUCAUCUGCAUCCACAUCAAAAACUUCAUCAAGCAUUACACAAAACAAAUUUUUUUUGAAAAAAAUAAAUCCACCACGUGAGCUCAAAGAUCAGGAAUUGGCAGAGAAACAAUGCACUGAAAUGUAUGAAAAUUUUGAUAUCGAGGCAUUAAAACUAUUAGUUAAGGGAAAGAAAGAAACUCUGUUGAAGCUCCAAAGACAAGAAGAAGAAAUUUUAGAAUUAACAAAUCUAACAGAAAGUUGGAAACAAGCAGGUCUUGAUGGCCUAGAAAUGCUUCGCAAAUAUGUCAAUCCUGAAAUAACAAUUGAGGAUAUGUUGAAUGACUUUAAAAUUCCUCUGAAUCUCUUUUUCUGA